AUGCUGUGGAAAAACGCUACCACCCCACUGGAGUUCAUAUUUGUUGGAUUCACAGAGCACCUGCCAUUCAGAGUUACACUCUUCUUGGUAUUUCUCAUCAUAUAUGUCUUAACUGUGGUGGGAAACGUGGGUUUAAUAGUCCUAGUCAGCACUGACUCCAGCCUCCAAACGCCCAUGUAUUACUUUCUCAGCAAUUUGUCGUUCUUAGACAUCAGCUAUUCCACAGCGAUUGCUCCCAAAAUGCUGGCGAACUUCUUGGCUUCUAGGAAGAGCAUCGCUUUCUGCGCCUGUGCCAUACAGAUGUUUUUCUUCGCUUGCUUUGCGGAUGCUGAAUGUCUUAUCCUGGCUGCCAUGGCCUAUGACCGCUAUGCAGCCAUCUGUAAGCCGCUGCACUAUGCUACGCUGGUGUCUCGGAAGGUCUCCCUCAGCCUGGUUGCUUUGGCCUAUUGUAGUGGGAGCAUGACUUCACUGGUGCACGUGUCCCUCGCAUUUAGGCUGCCCUUUUGUGGCUCGAAUAUUGUCAACCACUUUUUCUGUGACAUCCCACCGCUCCUGGCUUUGUCAUGUGCGGAUACCCACAUCAAUGAGCUCCUGCUCUUUUCCUUAUGCGGCACCAUCCAGCUGGGCACCUUUGCGGUCAUACUGGUCUCCUACCUCUGCAUCCUCACCACUGUUCUGAGUAUCAGGUCCUCGAGUGGCAGAGCCAAAACCUUCUCCACCUGCGCGGCGCAUCUCACAGCAGUCACCUUAUUCUAUGGCGCACUCCUGUUCACGUACUUGCGUCCUACUGCCAGCUACUCCCCGGACGCCGACAAGGUCGUGUCUUUGUUUUACACUGUUGUCUUUCCUAUGCUGAACCCGAUAAUUUACAGCCUCAGAAACAAGGAUGUGAAAAAUUCCCUCCAAAAAUUAAUUGAAAGAAAAUGGAUUUUCAAAUGA